ACCGUUAUUGGUGCAUCGUUUGCUUUCAAUGGUCGGUGUAUUUUUUCUGAAAGAAAUUUUCUGCAAAAUUUUGUCGUUUAUCAAAUUCAAAACAAAGUUCAUUAUUAUUAAGAAUAUGUUUGUUCGGGAGUAGUUCGCGGCCGCGUAUACACGUUUCAAAUGACACAAAAUCGGGACUGUGUGAUGUGAAUUUCUGGCGUGCGUUUGUGUUUUGAAUUAACAUGUUUAUGAAUGAAAUUCUAGUUUGAGGGCAAAGCGUUUUAUAGUUAUUAGAAAAAAAUCCUUGUCAAUAUGAGAAUUCUGCGUUCCCAGUACUUGCAGUUGCAAGGAAACCUUCAUCAAUCAACAACAACAACAACAACAACAACGAAUGGAGGCACCAUUCGCCCCACAAACAAACAACGACAACAGCAACAGAACACCACACACACCUUUCCAUCGUGUGUGACCAACAAUUCUUAUAAUCUUCGAAAUUUACCCCGAGGCAAAAAUAACAAUUGCUUUAACAAAAGCAAUAGUAGUAAGCAUAAUGAACAUAACGCUUGCCAUUACACAACUGUCAGUGGAUACUCAUUGAGACAAACACAAAAUCGAAACCAGCGGGUUGGCAAUGUUACCAGAAAUGUAAUGGUAACCCGUAGUAUUGCCCAGCGUACAACUUCGGUUUACCGGCAAAAUAGAAAAGUUUCUGUUAGCUCAACAGAAUCAUACGAUUCCACAACUUCAUCCGAACCACAGUCAUCAUCAUCUACUUCAUCCAGCCACACUUCGGCCAGUACAAAGUUGUCUUCUUCAGAUAGUCAUGGAACGGCAUCUUCUUCCAGCAGGGCACUAACCCAAUCAUCACUGAUAUCCAAUGUUCCAUCCUCAGGCUAUGAAACGUUACAGCGCAGUAAUAAACAGCAGAUAGCGCAGAAAGAAUGUAUUAAUAAAGCCAUAACACAAGCCAACUUUCAACAUUUACAUAUUAAAUUUUCCAAUGUACCCGCUGGUAUAGGCAAAAUUAAUGUCAAUGUUGAGUUUACCGACAUAAGUCCACAGUGGUUAACUACAGUCUAUAAUUCAUAUGAAAAUAAUUUCUGGUAUAAAAUACCGCGAAAUGAUGUGCAGAGCAAAAGUCGUUGGUUUUUUCUGUGCAAGUUUUGUGAAAAAAUGUUGGCAUCUUUUCUUUCAUUGAAAAAUCAUCUAAAUACACAUCUAGAAUUGUAUCCAUACAAGUGCAAGUUGUGUUCCAAAGCAUAUGCUGGUCGAAAUGGAAUAACAAAACAUUUACGAAGUCUGCACAAUAUUCCAACAGAGAAAUACAAUGUAUUUAUUGGACAAUAGUUCAGGAUGUACUACUGGUAAUUGUAUAAAACGAAAAAAAAAAAACAGAGGUCAGGAACCUGCUUUCAUUUUGAUAUAUUGUUACAAAUUAUUGAACCUAUUUGUAUAUAUGUAAUUUAUGUUGGGGCCUAAUUGCGAUUUGAUUUUUUUAAGAGUCUCCAUACCAUUGUGAAAAGUUUAUUAUACUUGCGGCAAGUAUAACUCUCUAAUGUAAAUCAGAACUUUGACUUGACUAUACAAAACCAUACAAAUUGACAAUUGUACAAUAAAAUACAUAGUUUUAAAAAUACUUACAAUUUCACCAAUCAUAAAAGAUUAAACAGUCAACAUAUCAUUUAUGAAUUUCUUAAAUGUUUGCAGACUGCUUCCAGGACAAUAUACAGUAAUAACGGAUAUUUGGUUUAACCAUAAUAUAUCUUCAUAGGCAUUUGUCAUCAUAUUUAAUGUGCAAAAAAAUUUAACCAUGAGAAAUACCACAAUAAGUUUUUUACUUUAUAUUAACCAAAAUUUUUUUUGGGAAAUACUGAACUAAUUUUCUGAAAAAUAUGUAUUUUUAAGAAAAUCACUUACAUCUAUUUUUUAGAAUAUCGUCUAAUUUUGACCUCGGACUUAAAUAGUAUAUGACACAUAACUAGCCAUAGUGUACAAGGAAUCCAUUUUUUAUUGACAUUUGUAUAUUGGUACACACACUUAUUUAUAUAACAAUUGACUAAACAUCAAUCAUUUCAUUGACUUUUAUAGAAUUGUAUACUGAAUAAUUUUUAUUUGAUUCUAAGUAUUGUACAAGUUACAUUUAAAUUUUACAUAUGAACUUUUUCUUUUUAAUUGUACAAUAAAACAUUCGUUUA